AUGGCUCAGACAGGCGCCGUCGCUGUCGUUGACGUCUCGCAGCUCGAGGAUCCAACGGCGCUGGCGGAAGCGAUCGCUGAAGCGCUGGGCUCAACUGGCUUCCUCUUCAUCCGAGGACACGGCAUGGAGGAACAGGCAAAGGAGAUGUUCAAGCUGUCAGAACGCUUCUUCAAGGAGGAGUCGGCCGAGGAGAAGAAGCGCUGCGCCUACGACAACAACCGAGGAUACACCUACGUCUCGCAGGAGCAGCUCGACCCGGACCACCCGGCUCCCGACCUCAAGGAAGGCUUCAACACCGGCUUUAUCGAACGAGGAGACCCGCCCAGGCCGACGCAUCCGCUCCCCGCGCUCCUAGCUGAACAUGCCAGUGCUUUAAGCGAGUUCCAGCACAGCUGCUUCGAGUUUUGCCAGCGCCUCAUGCGCGCUUUUGCUGUUGCCCUUGAACUCCCCGCCGACUUCUUCAGCUCCCGACAUCACGAAGGGCCCGACUCAUCCUCGAUUCUACGCUUCCUACACUAUCCUGCCAUCCCGCCCGACGUCAAGGUUGCCAACAUCCGAGCCGGCGCGCACAGCGACUUCGGAAGUUGCACGCUACUCUUCCAGCGACCUGAAGGAGGUGACGGUCUCGAGAUCCUCCCUCCUGGUGAGCCGCUCGAAGGUGGACGAUGGAAACCUACGGGAAUGGUCCCGGACGCAGUCCUCGUAAAUAUCGGUGACGCCCUGGAGCUCUGGAGCGGCGCCCGCUUCAAGUCGACCCUCCACCGCGUCGUCCUUCCUUCGCCAAUCCCGCCAGAAGGCAUUCCCGAGCGAUUUUCGAUGGCGUGGUUCUUCCAGCCCACGUCUUCAGCCUCGCUCAAGACUUGCGUCGACGUGACCUCGAUCUCCGAAUACGACCUCGAGCGCAUGGAGAAGAAGGGUGUCAAGCCAGGCGCAGAUAUCACGGCGGGCCAGCACCUGCAGGCGCGGCUCGACAGUGUCUACAAGCUUGCGAAAGCGGCUGCUUGA